UCCGUUCCGGCGAUUUCUUCCCGCUCAAAGCCGAUGUUGCUGCAGGGAGGAGCGAGCGGGGUGCAGUUGAGCAGAGCUGAGCAUCAUAGCCCGCAUUCAAGGAAACGGGCAAACACAGCACAUUUUUUUUCUACACUUCCUAUAAUGUGUUAGGCACGCUUUUGCGCACGACUUUAACAACAAUAAAUAUACCUAUUCCACGUGGAGCCCUAUGGAAGCCUCUUGUCUUUGAGAGGCUGGGUAUUUCUAUCCAGCCAAGGAAGACCCCCUCAAUUGUUUCCUGCGCCAAGAACUGUAAGAGACAUGAUCAUCACACCGCAUCCGAGAUGAGCAGCAAGCAGUGAGCCUGAGGAAGUGUCAGAGGAUGGCCCAGUUCUGAGGGAGGUCCACACAGCCAACUGGUGUCCAACAUGUCCCAGCAUCACCACUACCAGCGAGGCCCCCACAGCCGCACCAUGAGCACUGAGGAGAGGAGCUCUACGCCAGUCAUCAAGAGCUCCACCCCAGUCCACAAGAGCGCCUCCUCCUCUUCCUCAUCCCAGCGUGACAGCCGGCAGGAGGCAGACAGCUGGGAAAUAAUCGAGGGGCUGAAAAUUGGCCAGAGCAACGUCAUGAGGCCUGACAAACACGAGGGCUUUAUGCUGAAGAAGAGGAAAUGGCCCCUGAAAGGCUGGCACAAGCGUUUUUUCGUUCUGGACAAUGGGAUCCUGAAAUACUCCAAGUCCCCUCUUGAUAUUCAAAAAGGAAAACUUCAUGGCAGCAUUGACGUGGGCCUCUCUGUCAUGUCCAUCAAGAAGAGGGCACGUCGCAUCGACCUGGACACCGAAGAGCAUAUCUAUCACCUGAAGGUCAAAUCUCAAGACAUAUUUGAUGCCUGGGUGUCAAAGCUGCGUCACCACAGGCUUUAUCGGCAGAACGAGAUUGUACGCUCUCCCCGCGAGGCCACCAUGCGAACGUUUCCUCCCUCUGCGGCUGUGGAGUCCCCACAACCCACCCCAAGCGCAGUAAACGAACCAAAGCAGGCCAAGCCGAGCAGUUUGCCAUGGCAGCCGGCAGCCCCCGGCAGCAGCAACAGCAGCCUGCCCGCCUCCUACAGCAACGGCCAGAGCAAGGUGGCUGCCUGGCUCCAGGAGUCAGAGGAGAUGGACAAAUGUGCAGAGGAGCUCGCACGCUGUCAGUCCAACCUGACUGAACUCAGCCGGUUAUUGCAGAGUCUGGAGAUCCUACAAAGGACGCAGUCAGCACCCAACUUCACAGAUAUGCAGGUCAAUUGCAUAGAAAUGUCAAAGAAAGAAAAACGCUUGAACAGAAGAUGGAGAACAAAAAGUGUGGGAAAAGAUGCAAAAUUCCAGCUUCAGGUUCCUCUGUCGGCGAGCAUGUCCCCUGUCCGCCUCCACUCAUCCAAUCCUAAUUUGUGUGCGGAGCUGGUGGACUUUCAGCCCCCGGUUUCGCGCUUGACAGACAGCAUGGAAUAUGCCAGCGACUACAUUAAACUUCAGGAGGAAUUCUGCACCAUUGCCCAGAAAGUGCACUCGCUGCUUAAGUCGGCCUUCAACACCGUGGCCAUCGAGAAAGAAAAGAUCAAACAGAUUUUAUCCGAGCAGGAACAGUCAGACCAGUCGGCCCAGAUCAACUCUCUCAGGAAGUCUCUGUCACAGGCCCUGUCCCAAAAUGCAGAGCUUCGAACUCGCCUGAACCGCAUCCACUCUGAGUCUGUCCUUACUGAGCAAGUAGUCAGUGUGAACAUCAUCGCUACGCCCGACGAGGCCGUGGAACAGAUGGGGAUCCCUCUGACUCAGCAGGCCUCUAAUGAAAGCCGACUCUCCAUGUCAGAGUCUGUCUCUGAGUUCUUUGAUGCGCAGGAAGUGCUUCUGUCAGCCAGCUCGUCAGAGAAUGAGGGCUCAGAUGAUGAGUCAUAUGUCAGCGAUGUGAGCGAUAACAUAUCGGAGGACAACGCCAGUGUUACUGAUAACGUCUCCAGACAAAUGGCCAACGGAGACUUUGCUGGCUGUGCCUUCCGUAACGGGCGGCGCAUCUCUCUGCCGGCACCCUGUCCUGACACCAGCAACAUCAACCUCUGGAACAUCUUGAGGAACAACAUUGGCAAGGACCUGUCCAAAGUGUCCAUGCCUGUGGAGCUGAACGAGCCCCUCAACACCCUGCAGCGGAUGUGUGAAGAGCUGGAGUACAGCGAGCUGCUGGACAAGGCCGCCGAGACCAAUGACCCCUUUGAGCGCAUGGUCCUCGUUGCUGCUUUUGCCAUCUCAGGCUACUCGUCCACUUACUACAGAGCAGGAAGUAAGCCAUUCAACCCGCUGCUCGGAGAGACUUACGAAUGUAUCCGGGAAGACAAGGGCUUCUGUUUUUUCUCAGAGCAAGUGAGUCACCAUCCUCCUGUCUCCGCCUGCCACUGCGAGUCUAAGAACUUCACCUUCUGGCAAGAUGUUAGAUGGAAAAACAAAUUCUGGGGAAAAUCCAUGGAGAUUUUACCCAUCGGAUCUGUAAACCUCACAAUUCCCAGGUUUGGAGAUCACUAUGAAUGGAACAAAGUCACCACCUGCGUGCACAACAUCCUGAGCGGGCGGCGGUGGAUAGAGCACUACGGGGAAAUCACUAUAAGAAACACAAAGAGCAGCGCUUGCCUCUGCAAACUUACCUUUGUCAAGGGAAACUAUUGGAGCUCAAACGUAAAUGAGGUUCAAGGAUUUGUGAUGGACCAAGAAGGGAAAGUCAUCCACAGGCUCUUUGGAAAAUGGCAUGAAGGCCUUUACUGUGGUGUCCCGCCAUCUGCCAAAUGCGUCUGGAGGCCAGGCUCCAUGCCCACAGACUAUGAGCUGUACUACGGCUUCACCAGAUUCGCCAUCGAACUGAACGAGCUUUGUCCCGAGCUGAAGGACGUCUUGCCGCGCACAGAUGCCCGAUUCAGGCCCGAUCAAAGGCAUCUGGAGGAGGGGAACCUGGAGAUGGCAUCGUCAGAGAAGCAGCGCAUCGAGGACUCACAGAGGACCAGGAGGAAGUGGAACGAGGAGAACAACAUCAAACACGAGCCACGCUUCUUCAAGAAAGUGGUGGAUGCCAAUCACCGGGAGAGAUGGGUCUCUAACAACAUGUACUGGGAGCUCCGCAAAAACCCCGGCUUCAUCAACAUGGAGCCGACAGUCACCCUGUGGUAGCACACCGCUCUCUGUGCCCGCCGCCACAGACCGGAGGCCUGUUACCUAUGCACUAUAAGGCGAAAACACACCCGACAACAUCUGUGUGCAUGGACAUGAGCAGCUGUGGGUGGCCCGAUGCCCGGGGACCCUGUCCAGGUUCAGAGGCGCUGCUGCCACAGGGGUAUCCGUCCAUGGAAACAUGCUGUAGGAUCACCUUCAUCAUGCUUGUCGAAGCUGGGUUGUCAGGGCAACAAUAUUACCACUCCAGUAGAUCUAUCCUCUGCUCUUUUAACCUCCGAGUUUGUCCUUGCCUUAAAAAGACACCCAUACAGCUCACUGGAUUAGGCGCCUUUUAGUUGAAGCCAUUUGAUUUCCAACUGGAGUUUGGAUAGAAUAGUCUAUAGAGUAGACAUUUUGAUUACCUAGGAUACUGUGCAUGCUUAGAGAGCAGCUUUCACUGGCAUAUUUACUAUAACAUCAAUUACUGUAGAAAAAAAAGAGGUAUUUUUAUAAAAUAUCUUUAAAGAAAGACUUUAAAGAAAGAGAAUUAUGUGAAUUGGCAGAUUUUAUUUAUUUUUGCUUUUUACUACUGUUGAAUCUAUGAGAUAGCAGUACUCUCUCAAGGGAAAGGACUCUAUAAAGCUAAAUGCAACAGCAGAGGAAGCCGGACGGCAUUGAGCGUGAGUCAGUGUGGUUUCAGGUGAAGAGCGGACACAGAUGGUGGGGUGUAAAUAGCUGGAUGGCCCCCGUCCUUCCUCUCCCACCACACUGUAAUUUUAAACAUUAUUACAUGAAACCAACUCUUCUGAAUCACAUGGUUACAUAAAGUCAUAAAACUCUCUUUCCAUAUAUAGUCGGCACAGGUUAAGUGUCUUCUCUCUGGAAUGUGCUGCAGAAAGCAGAAAUGAUAGACUGUCGGCACAAAUGCUGCGAGGGCUGAGACCCUUUGUGAUUUUAAUCCGUAUUAAGAGAGCUCUGAAGGCCCUGUAACACUUCCAUUUUAGGUCUUAGCAUCUACAGUUAUGGAACUAUGUGAUUUGUUUUUUUAUUUAUUUAUUCAUUGUGAAAUAUAUCCAACCGGAAAAAAACUUUUUGUAGAAAAAAUAAAGAAAAAGAAAAGGAGCAAAUUCCUGUCAAAGUUAACCAAAUUUACAUCCUGAUUCUAAGACACCCAAAAAAAGUCAUUUACAAUCAUAUAAAACAAGAAAAACAGAAGAUUUAGGAUUAGCAGUUUGGUAUUUGUCUUGAUGAAUUAUUAAUCAGUCAUCAAAUCAUGGCUACUUUGUGUCUUGUCGUUCAGGAAAAGAUGAUUUUAAUGGGUCCACUCUGAAACACCAGAGACACCUGCAGGUCCUGCUGGGAAAAGGCAGGAAACCUGCCGUAUUAGACGCAACUUUAGCUUUUGUUGAGUUUGUGAGUGUUUAACAUGAUCAAUCCACACCCAUUUGUACAGUAACAGCAUACUGUACCAGAGCUACUGGAGCGUCCCGCUUCCCCAGAGAAUUUACUGCUAUGUCGAGGGCUUCUACAAAGCACCGGGUAGUUAGCAGUUUUGUUAUUGCAAAGCAUAUGAGAAGCUUUAACGUUGAACUAGCGCCCCCCUUUUUGAUUUCAAGAGUAAGGAAAAAUUAUCUUUGAUCUGCAGCUGUUAGAGAGCACGUUUAGAUGGAUCUAAAUCUUUCUGGACAGCAGGGUGUGGACACUGAGGGAGGACAUAGAAACAGCUACACUGAAUGAAGCAAAGCCACCCUGCACUGGUCUCCUGGCGCUGUAGGUUACAAAACAAAAAAACAAAAGGGUACUAGUGCUUGUUUUUUUCUUUCCCAGAAACAAUUGUGCAUAGUUUUAUGAUUCCCGGAUCACACAGUCAGCGCUACAACCCGUCAGCGUCGGUUUCACUUGCUGUGCCUUAACGCAUUUAUUAAUGCCUCACAAACACACACCUGAUGGGAAUCCCAUGCCAAGAAGAAGGUAUGCCAUUAAGAAGUCAAUCCCUGCACACUCUCCACUCCCCGCCUGCCACAGGACCAUCCUCAUUAUGUGCACUGAGGACUUGACCGUUGACAGAACAUCACCCAGAUUGGCUCGCAGUGGCAGAAACAGGCUCACGCCGCUCUGUGACCGGGUAGACUUUUGAGAUCACCACAUCUGGCCGCCGCAGUACUCCUGCAAAAGCUGAUUCAUUCCUCCGCCUACAUCGGUGACUAAAUCACAGCAGUAGCGCGCAGAGGUCAGGGCAGUGCUUUGUGUAGUGUUUGUAUCAUAGUCAGAAUGUAGAGAGGGAAAAAAUAAAAUAAAAAAGUCAAGCUCUCUUCUUCCAUUGUUCCACCUGCAUGUCUAGACAACUUAGCUUGCCAAUGAAUGUUUGUGAUGCCUUAUCAAAAAAGAACAAAAGAAAAAAGGUUUUUGUUUUUGCAAUUGGACAGUUUUUCCUUUGGACUGACAUGUAUCAUGCAGCACCAUGUCAGCUCAGUUUCUUUUCAAUCUAUUUCCUAAUGGGUACCUUCUAAAGUGCAAUUUUAACAAAGUACAUAUCUUUCCAUGAACACUGUACACUGCUGCUACAUAGUGCUUGUUCUAAUAAAACUGCAAAACUCAAACGGAGAGGCAUCCGUGUGGUUUGUAGGCUUCUUCAUGCCCUCUUAAGCCCAACACACACAACCAUGAACUGAAGAAAGUGGAUUGGUAUCAAGAAACAUCAUUCAACUUC